AAAUGAGGGGAAAACGGGUUUUGUAGGGGAGACCCUGGCUGGAGGAGCAAAGGGAAAAGAGUACCAGUUAAAGAGGUGGAGUCAUGUGACGGCAUUUAUAGUGGGGUUUUCGUGUCUUUGUUUUCUAGUGCACAUGGAGAGACUCCGUUCUGUGCAAAGCAAGAAACAUGUGAGUCCAUGUGCCAUUCUAAAUAAGUAGACCACUCCCAACAUUUUGCACACAAAUCCUUCACUCUCUCGCUUUCUUUCAUUCCUCUUGUUCAUUUCUGUGCUAGCUAGCUACCUUGCUUCUCCCUUUAUUCUUGCUUCCUCUAGUAAUCAUAAUUCAAUUUCCUUAAUAUCACUCCAAUUAUUUAUUUUGUAGCCUUUCCCCAUAUAUCAAGUUACCGAUCCAAUAGCUAGCUUCAUCAACUUGUUUCAAUUGUUCAUUUUACCUUCAUUCAGCUCUAGCACAUAUAUAUAGCUGACAAGAAAGCAGCUUUCUUUUGUAUCUCUGGUUUACUUUCACCAUAUGUCCUAUUAUUAUUUCUUUAAUUUUCUUGUCUUUGCCCCUUUGUCCUUCAACUUCUUCCACUAACACCAACCAUCUUUCUUGUUCAUCCUCUUCUCUCUAAUCUCUUUUGCUAGUUACAUUUUCUUCUUUCUUUAGAGAACAAAAAAGGUUUUUCAAUUCUGAUUUUGUCGCCCUCAAUUCUCUCUCUCUCGGUUGCAGCAUUGUUGUCCAAAUUCAUUCCUUGAUCAAAUGGAAGGGCAAGUAGCUAAACGCAGACGUGUAUACUCCGUGGAACCGAACCAAAUAGUGCAAUCUAUAUUUACUAGGAAUUAUUUGAAUCAUUUGGUUCCAGCGUUGGUGAAGAUAAAGGAAAAGAGUUCUGUGGAAGAAGAUAGAAGGCAUUGUGAUGAUAUUAACAAUGCUGUCAAGUAUGAAGUGGACAUGGCAAUGGUGUUGUCAGCACAAGGAUUUGCAUGGAGUAACGGCCUUAAAGAUAAGCUUCAAAGCGAUGACGUUCAUGUCAAUGCAGCUAAAAGCACUAGCUUUCUUGAAAAUGAUGAGGCUGGUGAAGGUUCAUCAUCAAAGAAUGCUUAUGACAAAAAUGAAGUUGUACUCCCAAUGGAAUAUUUCUCUUCAAACCCUAGCUCAAAGUCUAAGUGCAAGGACAUGUCAGAAAUGAAAAGGGAUUUAGCCAGAGAAGAUGAUGAUAAGGAGGAUGAGGACAUCAGCAACCAGUGGAAGAAGCUGAGAAGGUUGAUACCCGGAGGAGAAGAGAUGUGUGAUGAUGAACAAAUGGUUUCAGAGCUAGAGAGUUACAUAAGCUGUUUGCAAAUGCAGGUGAACGCUCUUCAGUUUCUGUGCCACACACGCGUUAGUUAAUUUCUAUGUCUUGCAUUUCCACAAUUAAUUGAGCCAUAAACUAUGUUAAAUUCAAGAUAAAUUAGUUAUUGAAGAAGCUAUAUGGUAUAUUCAUUUUUCUGCUCUUGUUUUUUGAAUGUGGUACGGUUUUUCA